GUUUCCGCACACCGUUAUCUGCCUGACAAAUGACGAAGGAGACGACUACAACGCGGAACGACUGGCGGAUUCACCAGGCGAAGAAAUUGUCGUCGAGACAAUUGAUACUGAUGGCCCUAUGCCCGCCAACUUGGAUGCGCGAGCCAUUGCCGAA